AUGGAUUCCUAUUCAUAUGCUAUUUCCUCCUCUUCUUCUAAUUCUACUUCCUCUAGUUCUAUUCCAUAUUCACAAGAAGUAAAGAAAAACAAACCAUUAUCUUCAUAUCAUUCCUCACUUCAUGGAGUUCGUAGGCUCCCAUCAAAACCAAUGACUAAACAACCAAUUGCCCCAUUGCCACCAACACGUCCUAAAAUCUACAAAGUGGAACCUGCUAAUUUCAAGGAAGUCGUCCAAAUGCUCACUGUUGCUCCUGAGUUUCAAUCCAACUCCAUUAAUUCUAGUUGUGGUUCUGACCCUGGCUCUGGCUCCGGCUCUAGUUCUAGUAAUUCCAGUUCGAGACGUUUACAAGAUGUGGCUCCUCCACCACUUGAUCUCUCACCAGUUUCAUUGACAAGAAAUGGCAAUAAUAUUGCUGCACAAUGGCGCGAGUUCCUACGUCCUUCUUCCUCAAACAACCAAGUUGAAUCAAUUAAUGCGACUAACAAUGACUCGACAAAUGAAGCACAAGAAAGAUCACAUGCAACGCCACGAAAUCUAUCAGAAAAUUAUUUUGGAUCGUGCAGUCCGCUAGCUAAUUUUCCUCUAUCGCCUGCUUCUUUUGCAUGGUGUUCUUCUAUUCUUCUAAGCCCUGGAACCCUUCCUUCACCAAAUGCGUGCAGCAGCUUUAACAGCUGUAAAGAGUUGACUUGUACUAUGACCGGAGGAACUGAUAUCCAUAUGUUCCCUCUGUCAUUCCCUUAA